AUGGCUAAGAAUGUGACUGGUCAGAUUGCAAGUGGAAAGACUGCAAUCAUUGGUGUGAUGAUCAAGAGCAACCCCAAUGAGGGCAAUCAAAAGGUGCCUCUGCAAAGUGCGAGAGAGUUUCAGCCUGGGAUCAGUAUUACCAAUGCCUGCCUUUACUGGGGGACAACUGUGGAUGUUCUGCAAAUGCUGGAAAAUGCUGUUCAUAUAGACGUUUUGGGCCGAAGACCUCAGCUAUCGAGUGCGCUGGAAAAGACCUGGUUCGUUUCGAUAAGCAGAUCACAGAGAUUGGUGCCGUGGAUUUGGUGUUAUCUUUAUGCGUUGGGUUAUUUUGGUGAAUGA